AUGACUAAUCCUUGGGAGUAUAGAGUUAUAGUCCCUUGCAUCGCUUUGUUUCUUGUCGUCAUUGCUCUCACUUCCGCCAUAGAUGUCGCCCACGAUGGAAGAGCUAUCACUAUUGAUGGUCAACGUAGAGUUCUUAUUUCUGGCUCUAUCCACUACCCACGCAGCACAGCUGAGAUGUGGCCUGAUUUGAUCAAAAAAUCAAAGGAGGGAGGACUAGAUGCAAUUGAAACUUAUGUGUUUUGGAAUGCCCAUGAACCGGUUCGUCGCCAAUAUGAUUUCAGUGGAAAUCAUGACAUUAUUAGAUUUCUUAAAACUAUUCAAGACGAGGGGCUUAUGCGGUUCUUCGCAUCGGACCAUAUGUUUGUGCUGAAUGGAACUAUGGGUAUACGAUUUCCGGUAUGGCUACAUAAUAUGCCGGGUGUUGAACUUCGAACUGCAAAUGAUGUAUUCAUGAAUGAAAUGCAAAAUUUCACUACUUUGAUAGUGGACAUGAUCGAGAACGAGUAUGGAAAUGUUAUUCAAUCAUAUGGAGAUGCCGGAAAAGCAUACCUGAAUUGGUGUGCAGGUAUGGCUGAGUCGCUUGAUAUUGGAGUCCCAUGGAUUAUGUGUCAAGAAAGUGAUGCUCCUCAGCCAAUGAUCGACACGUGCAAUGGUUGGUACUGUGAUUCAUUUACACCAAACAAUCCCAAUAGUCCUAAAAUGUGGACUGAAAAUUGGACAGGAUGGUUUAAGAAUUGGGGAGGCAAAAUCCCACAUAGGACUGCAGAGGAUGUUGCUUUUGCCGUUGCCCGUUUUUUCCAGUAUGGAGGAACUUUCCAAAACUAUUAUAUGUACCAUGGAGGAACUAAUUUUGGAAGAACUGCCGGGGGUCCGUAUAUCACCACCAGCUACGAUUACGAUGCGCCUCUGGAUGAAUAUGGGAAUUUGAAUCAACCAAAAUGGGGACAUCUGAAACAAUUGCAUGCAGUGCUGAAGUCGAUGGAAAAUACUCUCACAAAUGGAGAUGUCAACUCCACUGAAUAUGGAAAUUCUGUCACUGCGACAGUUUACACGACAAAUGAGACAUCGGGUUGCUUUUUUGGCAAUGCAAACACAACGACUGAUGCUGUCAUCACCUUCCAAGGAAAAAAUUACACAGUCCCUGCUUGGUCAGUCACCAUUCUCCCCGACUGCCAAACAGAAGCCUACAACACUGCUAAGGUGAAUACUCAGACCUCUGUGAUGGUGAAGAGGGAAAAUGAAGCAGAGAAAGAACCAAGCAGUUUGAACUGGUCAUGGAAGCCCGAGACCAUAGGAGACACUCUUCUUCUGGGUAAGGGUCAUGCCGUCGCUAACCAAUUGAUUGAUCAGAAGGCUGCCGCUAAUGAUGCCAGUGACUAUCUGUGGUACAUGACAAGUGUGGACCUCAAAGAGGAUGAUCCCAUAUGGAGUGAUGACAUGAGCUUGCGAGUUAAUGGCACAGGCAGUAUUAUUCAUGCCUUUGUUAACGGCAACCAUAUUGGUUCUGAGUGGGCAACAUAUGGAAUUUCUAACUAUGACUACGAGCAUAAGAUUAACUUGAAGCCGGGGCGGAAUUUAAUUACACUGCUCAGUGUGACCAUUGGAUUGCAGAACUAUGGAGCAAAGUUUGAUGUGGUACAAAAUGGAAUUCCUGGUCCGGUAGUGUUGGUAGGGAAGAAGGGUGAUGAGAGCGUAAUAAAGGACCUUUCGGCACACAAGUGGACAUAUAAGGUUGGUCUCCAUGGUAUAGACAGCAAGCUUUAUAGUGUCGACUCUCGCUUUGCCUCCACAUGGCAGACGGAAGACCUUCCCACCAAGAGGAUGAUGACUUGGUACAAGACUACCUUCAAAGCACCAUUAGGAACAGACCCUGUUGUGGUCGACUUGCAAGGAAUGGGCAAAGGCACGGCUUGGGUGAAUGGGAAUAGCCUAGGGCGAUAUUGGCCCAGUUUCAAUGCCGAUGAGAAUGGAUGCAGUGAUGACCCAUGUGAUUACCGAGGUCCAUACGACAAUAAUAAAUGUGUUACAGAUUGUGGUCAACCAACUCAGAGAUGGUACCAUGUCCCACGCUCGUUCAUGCCCAAUGAUGUUAAUACACUUGUACUUUUUGAGGAGUUUGGCGGUGACCCAUCACUGGUGAACUUCAAAACUGUGACCAUUGGAACAGCCUGUGGAAGUGCAUAUGAAAAUACCACUUUGGAUUUAACUUGUGAAGGGCGUCCCAUCUCAGCAAUCAAGUUUGCUAGUUUCGGUGACCCGCGAGGUGUUUGUGGGUCAUUCCAAAAGGGCAGUUGCGAAGCCCAAAAUGAUCCUUUGUCCAUUAUUCAAACGGCAUGUGUCGGAAAGGAGUCGUGUUCCAUUGAUGUUUCGGAUGAUACCUUUGGAACAUCAAGUUGUGACAUUACCAACAAGCGUCUUGUUGUGGAGGCUAUCUGCUGA